CAUUACUAGGCUGCUGCCAUUCGGAUCUCUUUCUCUUUCUUUCUUUUGCUUUAAUGGCGAUGUCUUGAAUCACUGAGUCUCCUAACGACUAUUGCUGCUCCCCUAUUUUCUUCCUUGUUCUUCAUCUUCUCCAGUUGUGCUUUGAGUGCCUAUUUCUAUGGUUGUCUAUCAUGUGCUUCACCUCAGCUGAUCCCAAAAUCACCUGCAACAACGACUACUACAAGACUAAAAGAACUCCAAAAAAGUAGUAACAAAAAGAGCUAGCAAUGGGUUACUGUAACAUGCCUUUGUCUCUUUCUAUGGCUCGUUUGCUGCUCAAUGAGUUAGUCUUACUCGGUUUGAUCUUUGGUUCUACUCCAGCUCAAUGCACCACAGAUCCUGCAGAUGUUCAAUCGCUUCAGGUUAUGUACACUUCAUUGAACAGUCCGUCAAAGUUAACAAAUUGGAAAACUAGUGGUGGUGAUCCAUGUGGAGAAUCAUGGAAAGGGGUUACCUGUGAGGGCUCGGCCGUCGUUUCCAUUGAUAUUUCUGGGUUAGGACUUUCUGGAACCAUGGGAUACUUACUCACCAAUCUUAUGUCAUUGAAAACACUUGAUUUGAGUAACAACAACAUGCAUGAUACGAUCCCAUACCAGUUGCCGCCGAAUCUUACGAGCCUGAAUCUUGCAGGUAACAACUUCAGUGGGAAUCUUCCGUAUUCCAUUUCUAGUAUGAUUAGUGUUACUUACCUGAAUGUAAGCCGUAAUUCGCUUUCCCUGUCUGUCGAAGACGUUUUUGCUAAUCUUUCCAGACCUGGGACCUUGGAUCUUUCCUUCAACAAUUUUAGUGGGGAUCUUCCUAUGUCAUUUAGCUCAUUGAGCAAUCUUUCUACACUAUAUUUGCAGAACAAUCAAUUGACCGGUUCGCUUAAUGUUCUUUCGGGUUUACCUUUGACGACUCUAAAUGUUGCAAAGAACAAUUUCAGUGGAUGGAUUCCUCGCGAGCUUUUCUCAGUCCCAACUUUUAUAUACAAUGGCAACUCCUUUGCCGACGAGCCUGCACCUCCUUCACCAUAUGGUGGAUCUCAUAAUAAACGUAAUCCUCAAUCUGGAGCUCGUUCAUCCCCGGCUUCUGAUGGUCAAUCAUCAGAUUCUGAUAACGGACUAUCAGCUGGAAUUAUUGUAGGCAUAGUUCUUGGCUCUUUGUUACUGCUUGUCCUUGCAGUACUUGCUCUUGUUUUCUGCAUCCGCAGAAACAAAGGAAAGGUGAACGGUGCAAGACCUUCAAGGGAAAAUCUUUCAGUUGCACCGGUAACGGUAGUACAUACUGAGAUGCAAGAGCAGAGGGUGAAAAAUGUCGCUGCCGUCGUAGAUUUGAAACCCCUACCUGCAGAACCAGUUGCGGUUGAAAGGAUAUCCAAAAACGGGUCUUUAAAUAGAAUGAAGUCACCCAUCACUGCUACAUCAUAUACGGUCGCUUCUUUACAAACAGCAACUAAUAGUUUUAGUCAAGAAUAUCUCAUCGGUGAAGGGUCACUGGGUCGUGUUUACAAGGCCGAGUUUCUGAACGGAAAGACAAUGGCUAUUAAAAAAAUUGACAAUGCGGCAUUAUCAUUACAAGAGGAAGACAAUUUUCUGGAAGCUGUUUCCAGUAUGUCCCGGUUGAGGAAUCCCAAUAUCGUUACAUUGGUUGGAUUCUGCGCAGAGCAUGGACAGCGUCUUCUGGUAUAUGAAUAUAUAGGAACCAAUAGUCUUCAUGAUAUGCUGCACUUUUCUGACGAUGGUAGUAGGAAUCUAAGCUGGAAUGCACGUGUUAGAGUGGCACUCGGCACUGCCCGAGCAUUAGAAUACUUGCACGAAGUCUUCUUGCCGUCGGUUGUACAUAGAAAUUUCAAGUCCGCAAGCAUCUUACUUGAUGAAGAGCUCAAUCCUCACUUGUCAGACUGCGGUUUGGCUGCUCUUACACCGAAUACCGAACGACAGGUUUCAACACAGAUGGUUGGUUCAUUUGGUUAUAGUGCUCCCGAGUUUGCGCUGUCCGGAGUAUAUACUGUAAAGAGUGAUGUAUACAGUUUUGGGGUGGUGAUGUUGGAGCUACUGACUGGUCGGAAACCACUCGACAGUUCAAGGGCGAGAUACGAGCAAUCACUCGUCCGAUGGGCCACGCCUCAACUACACGAUAUAGAUGCCCUUGCAAAAAUGGUAGAUCCUGCACUCAAUGGCAUGUACCGUGCGAAAUCUCUGUCACGCUUUGCCGAUAUCAUUGCUCUCUGCGUUCAGCCGGAACCGGAGUUUCGCCCCCCCAUGUCCGAGGUUGUGCAAGCUUUAGUGAGGUUAGUGCAAAGGGCAAGCGUUGUCAAAAGGCGGUCGAGCGAUGACUCGGGCUUUGGGUACAAAACUCCAGAUCAUGAGAUUGUCGACUUGUCAUUUUGAGUGUCGGGCUGAAACCGGAAGUUUGAACCGACACCUUGGGAGCAAACAUCCUUAGGCUCAAGAUGACAAAAAGAGCAGACAAGUUGAAGCGAAAAAGAUCCACAAGAGAAUCAAAAUCAAGAAAUGGAAAAAGAAAAGGUUCUGCAAUUAUUUCACACAUGCAAAUACAUAGUUGUAUUAUUGGACAUCAUGAUGCACAUUCACGGUUUGCAUCUCCACAAUAAGAAAAAUGAAAUUUUCUGUAGUUCA